CAGUAUUCUGAUUAGACAGGUGACCAGGACCAGCCUCUUACGACUUCCCUUCCUGGUCAAUCUGGCGCGCGAAACCCGGGCGUUACUCCCAAUUCGUUGCCUUGCUAUGCUAUGCUGUGCACGUACUCGACUGCGGCCCAAUCUCCAGCGCGCCAAAUGAGCACAUAUCUUGCAGGAUAUUAAUUGCGCGCGCGCACACCAAGCGUACACGUCUCCUCCACAAUCCGUCGCAUGAAGCACAGCUCUCGCCCGCUCACGACAACGGCCACAGCCGUUGUUUCCGGUAUACUCCCCACCUCCCGCGCGGGGCCUUCGCAUUAUAGCAUAAAUCCAUCGAAUCAAAAAGCAUCCAGAUGAUUGUUGCUUCGCUAUCGUUUGAGUUCUCUUGUUGCUCUGCCCAAACUAGUUUCCAUCCUCGAUGAGCACUGUUCCCCGUGCAACCCCAUCGUGGCUAUCCUCUGUGCCAACUGCGGGCAAGGUAACGAACGACAUGCAACAAGAGCACCGCGUCAACCCGUCAGACCCGAGAGAUGGAACACAGACUCUUGAGACGCAGGUCUCCAACAAUCUCUUCCCUGACGUAAAUUCGGGGGAGUUCAUUACAGAGAAGUGCCGCACUUGUACGGAAAGGAAGAAGAGAUGUCCGCUUGGCUACGAUGAGCAUGGUCGUUGCCAAGAAUGCGCAAGACUGUCAUUAGAUUGCGUCCAAAAUAGUCAUUGGGAAGUGAUGUCUUACCAGGCGCGGAUCGACUUUAACCUGGAAAGACGCCGGGCUGCAAAAUCUGCUCGAAAGGCUCGUUACAAUGCUCCUAAGGCCAGACGUGCGCUAUCUAGAAUGCAGUCUUCGCGCGAAACCUCGCUAUCAUUUCGGCGGCGCCUCCGAACACCAACACGGGUCAACCCGCCUCCGAGAAACCAACCGACGUCCGAGCUAAUCACAACUAUGUCCGGGGAGCAUUCAAAUAUUGUAGACACGCUACUAUCACUUUCGAGUCAAGCGGCGUCGUCUGACGCCCCUCCCCAAGAGAUGAAUCUUCCAACCCUCCCGCAGAGUUUCGGGCUCCCGUUGGGCUCGUCAUCCUCCACAUAUAAUCAGCCUCUCAGGACUCAAGAUUCCAGUACACAUCUUGACUUGCACGUUUCCCGUGAACCCGCUGGACUCCAUGGAAGCAUUUCAUGGGAUGUGUUCGACUGGAAAGAAUGUCCAAUCCCGGGUGAUGACAUAUUAUCAACGCAUCCGUUCCCAGCGGCCAGACCGAGAAGUCCUUUUACGGCUGGGGACCUCCAGCAGCCCCCGCAGCACUGGGGCCUCGAAUCGAAACUUCCUUCUCAUCCUUCCCCUACCUCAUACCACACCCAGGAAUAUGUGCCAAAUCAUUUAUCUGUUGCACAAGGCCCAGGACCGCCUCUGUCAGCCUCUGCACAUCCCAACAAUAUCCGUCACAAUCUCUCUCCCCAAACAUGCUUGAACCCAUUUCAGCCGGUUGCUCACUUCAAAGACUACAUUACGACGCUAUUCCCCAAUACUUCCCGCAUUGUCAUCGAAGUCGAGAACGACAGGGGCCCAGAGCUUGUGGACCUGAGUGCAUUAUUGGACUAUAUUAAUAAUCCAAGGCUUAUUCAGACAAAUGAAAGGCCACAAUAUUUACCGUUGAGUUCAUCUCUUACUAGACUAGAAUCCUUUGAUUCGGAGGCGACUUAGAAUCCCUUGACUUUGCAUGGACAUCCGUGUUGUAUGGCGGCUUGAAUCCAUUUGCGUAUCUAUUUCACCCUACUUUCACUUGAUUUUGUUUGAUGGUUUAUACCGAGGGUCCUUCCCGUUAAAGAGAGGCUGGUCACCUGCCUACCGAGGGUCUGGGGCCGCAGGACGUUAUCCUAUUUUUAUAUCCUUUGUGUAGACCCUACUCCAAUACCCAAACCCACGUGGCUCACGGCCUCAUUCUGUUUUCUUGAUACUCCAUACUAUCGCAGCUCACAAUUCCCUCUUACUCACAAAAAUCUCUGAUCAUAAUACCCGAUUCUGCCACCCUAUUAUCAACCUUACACCAGUACCGGUCUAGUUUCGUUGCGGCAACUUAGAUGACAUAAUUUAAUGUAUCGGAAUCUACUUGAUUGGCAAUCAUUAUGUAGCGAUGUUGUUUU